AUGACCGAGAACUGGACCCUUGAAGAGAAGGAAAACCAGCGUCGUCUCGUCAAAUUUAAGUUCAUACGGCUCUCGCCUGCUGAGUACUUUGUCCAGUUCGAUCCUAUCAAAAAGGAACAGUACGACCACACGUCACCCAUCAUCUCAUGCAUUUUCUGGAAGGAGAAGGACUUGCACAUCGUCACCUCAGUGGACAUCAUCUUGAUCCUCGAGUACUUGGUGCAAGAGUCGUUCAGCAUCGAGGAGAAAAACAGAAUCAGACGUAAUCUCCAGUCGCUCAAGCCCCAAACCAUCUCGCGCACUAACAAGCAGUUUGGCCGCUUCUUCAAGCUCUUGAUGUCCAUGGAGGACCCGCGCCCCAGAAACAUAGAGCAGGACUUGAAGGUGUUCCGCUGGAGCGACUUGUUCAAGGCCAUCAACAAGGUCAUCUCCAAGUAC